AUGGCUCUGCCGAGAGCACCUGGCACCUCUGCAUUACCAAUCUUAUCAUUUCCCCCCACACCUGGCCCGUCGAAUGCCAAGCCGGAAUGCAAUCCGAGGACUUCAAGUGACGGCAUUUAUCUGUUAUCCAAUCAGGAUAAGCAAUUGAUCUCUGAUUUGAAAGAAUGCAUCAAUGUCAAAAUGUAUGAUACCGAGUGUAAAGAGAGCAUAUUGAACAAGCGAAAGCAAAUUGGAGAUGGUAUCAUUGCGUUUCUAACAUCGAAAUUCUCGACGCUGUUUUGCCCCCUACCGAUAACAUCCACGGCAUCCAUUUUCGGUGUUUCCACCGAUCCAUGCAAAGGUUUUGAAGAAUGUUUUCAGGAGCGGUUUAUUUUAUUUGAUCUUUUGAUAUUUAUGGUUCGGACGGGGCAUCAGUAUGCUGCUUCCAUUAGAGAAGAUUCCGUUUCUUCUGAUCCAUUGAGCAUAAUUGACCUUGAAGGUAAAGACUCUGAGAACUCGUGGAGGACAAUGUUUAUUUUGCUUCUGUUUGAUUUGUUUUUUGAGGACGAGGAGACAGAUAUGGACAAAGCCCAUGUUGGGACCAAUUCACAAACAAAGUCCGUUCUCGUGCAAAUGCUAAAAAGAUUGUCUUGCGUUGAAGAUGCUCUUUUGAAAGAUGAUCUCCCUUCAAAUCUGGCGCCAUCUGCCGAUGCAAAUAUAAAAUCUUCGCUAAACAUUGAGCGUCUAUAUUUGGUGGAACUGAUUUUCCAUUGUUGCUCCAAGUUCAUUCCUCUUAACAUGAGCGAAUGGGAUACGUUGCUUUCCACGAUAUCGACAUCUAUUUCCAACAUAACGGAAGAAAAUCCGUUUGUCCGCGGGCUAUUUCUGUUCUCGAUCGUCAAUGGGCUUGCUUUUCAUUCUCCAUAUAAACCGAUGUAUGAUUWGGUUCGUAGCCGUCUUCCCCACAGGCAAGACUACUUUUCUUCUAAACAACUUUGGGAAUCUUGGCUCCGCAAAAUGGAGGACUGGAUUUCGACACACCUUUGGGCAGAUGUGCUGUUCAAGCACUGCUUUUCACUUGGGUUUGCACUGUUUUUAAGAAUGUCAAGAGAAGUUAGGACGCUAAAAGGAGGCCUUUCGCCGUCUUUAAARGAGACUUCUUCCUACAUGGGAGCCAUUGAUUCCGAAAGCAGCGUUCCAGACUCUUUUGCCAUCGAAGGCAUUCAGGGAGAAAAGAGUCUUUUGUCGCCCAAAACACCGAGAUCUCUCUUUGUAAUGCUGACCGAAAAAUUUCUUCCCUCUACCUUGGAUAUUUCUGGGGUUUCACCAUGGGGAUAUGAUUCGCAAAUAUCAGAGUCUGCGGUUGUCGUUUCAAAAUGGGAAGGCUAUGUUUGCGAAUCGCUAAUGCUUCUUUCCACUUCUAUCCUCACGUGGGGCUCCUUUGAUUGGAUUAGAGGAGGAAAACAACAGAAUCAGACCGUCAAUGUCUUAGCUUCAUUUUGCGACAUGAUUGGGGCUAUUUUUUCCUACUCUGCACUUCCGAUUUAUUCGCCUGCCGACAGAAGAAAACCAUUUCUUGACAUCGAUGCUUCCGUGGAGUCAUUUUGGGAAUCUGAAAAGGCAACUUUUUUCAUCAGAUCUACUCUCUCCUCAGUUGGAUCCUCUUCACCCGAGCUUUCAUCUUCCGCUUUAAGGAUGUUGAUUGGGCUAGCACACGGACCGAUAUCUUCCAUCUAUGCGUUUGAUCUUCUUCAAAGGACAUCGGAGUACUCCUCCUCUGUGCUCACAUGGAACAACCUGUUUUCUGCUUUAGAGAGGUACCAUGUGACGCUGGCUCUGGAAUCAGCAAUUGAGCUGAUGUUUGCUCUUCUUCAAACCAUUUGCAAGUAUCAGCCAAGCUGUAUAACCAAGUUAUUGGUCGGUGACAUUUCUGACACUGCGUCUCCAUUUCUUUUCACGUUGUUUGGCAUCAUCUCUUCACACGUUCCCACCACCAUUAAGGCACAGAUUCUGAUCUUAUUGAGUGAAUGGAUGCGGUCUGCCACGGAAGGACCAUCAAAUGCCUCGCUUUUAUGGGCCCAUUUGGAAGCAUCACAAAUAAUUCCAACACUUGCAAUGGAUUCCAUGACCACCUCCUCCAAUUCCAUUGAGGAGGAUCUUGCCAGUCCGUUGCCCGUCACACUUGGAGGCAUUCUUCAAGAGUUUUACCAAAUCGAGGCACCUGUGGGAACUUAUCCCGUUACGUACUCGCUUUUGCAUCUUAUUUCCUGCCUUGUUGGCCAGCGAAAGAUCGAUUCAAGCCUGGUCCUUUCACUUUCUUCUUCACUUGGUGUUGGAUCGAGAAAAUUUCCUGGAUUGUGGCCUUACAUUAAAUUCGUUCUCAGUGGUGCUCUGAUUCCGAUUUGUACCGGUCCUUCUUUCCGGCUUUCAUUUUUGUACGCCGAUGAAAAAAUGGCAAUGGUCGGCAAAUGCGUCUCCAUUAUAACGGAUAUUUUGGAGUUGAACGUGAUCCCGAGCUUCUAUUCCAUCCUCAAUGCUACGGGGCUUUUGAGUAUCUUCUUUGCAAUCGGCACAAUCCAUGGAGAGGUCCUUGGCUUGCCCUCCUUAGAUAUCUGGUCUACACCCUCGAUUGAGGAAUCACUGAAGCCGCUGAUUAUUGCUGACUGCCAAAGACAUCCCGACAUGGUUUCUCUCGACAUGCUGCAAUUUCUGUUUACCCAGUUAAAGGCCUCGAAAUCUCGGUCUUCAACCCCCACCACGGCCCAGCUAAGCUAUUCAGAGGAGACUAUAAUAAUUGUUCGGCCGCACUUUCUUUCCAUUCUGGCCCAAAUCAUAUCCACUAACAAAACGCUUGAUUUGGUUUUGGUUUCCAUCGAUCUACUGAGAGAGCUUUUGCUUGUUCCAAAAGUGGAGUCCAUCUUGCGGUCUGUAUUGGGAAGUGAAGGAAUGGAAAAAUUUUCGAUGGGCAUUGCUCGCUGGUUUGGCGAUAUCCUUCUAAUUGAAGAUGAUACCGAAACGGGUUCUCAAGUCACUACUAAGGUCAGCAUCAUUCGGGAAAACAUCCUUUUACUGCUGGCAUCCCAAAUUGAGGAUAUACCUGUCCUUUCAACGCAGCGGGCCGUGUCUCCGAUUCAAAUUAACAUUAACACGACAGCCCUAUUGCUGGGAUUACAUCGACCAGAAGAAGAGACUACUUUGUUGCUUAUACGGCUAGUUUCUAGUCUUCUUCAAGGCGACUUUUCAUCUUCCUCGCUGUUACACGCAAUUUGUAAAUCUUGGGGCAAAUCGGAGAUGCUUAGAAAUGCAGGCGGUGAUCCCCACUUGAUUUUACAGGCAAUCGAUAAAGCGUUUGCAAGCGACCAUGGAUCUCUUCCCUUAUUGUUGACCAAAAUAAGCGAUGCUCUUCAUCUUGUUGCAUGGAUGGUAAGGGACCCUCAUGGAGAAACCGAUCCACUUUUUCGAUCUGGAGAUACGCUUCACAAUAUCCUAUCACAGUUACUAUCCAUUGUGCCGGCAAAUAACCUGAUUUCGCUGACCACGGCAAACGAGGGCUCAAGACCGGCCGCCGAUUCGAAGCGUCAACAAAUACACGAUUUUUUGCAAGGCCAUUCAAACGCAUUGGCUGGGAUUUCCUUGCUUCUUCCAGAGCCUACAAGCGCAAUUUCUGAGCUUAUUGUGGAUGCGCUUGUUGAGAGGGGAACCAGUUGGAGCAUUAGCAUCGUUGAUACUCUUGCCGAUAUUUUGUCUCGUUGUGACUUCAAUGAUUGCUGUAACGGCAAUUUCUUUAAGCUUUGUUCCCUAUUUCCCUCGAUUGCCCCCAGAAGCACGUCUGAUUUUGCCGUGGGCCGCAUAUUUACGGCUUUGAAUCUCGCCUUGUUCAAAGAAUCUAUUUCUUUGUCAUUGCCAUCAAGUGCCAUUGAUGGCCUUUCUCAUGCAAUAUCGGAAAAUUUUUCAUCCAACAACUAUAUUGAAGCAUGUCGGCUUGCUUGCACUAUUUUGCUGGACUCUAGAAAUAUACCGGCCGUGGAGCAAAUCUCAACAUCAUUGCGGCGCUUGUUGUCUGUGCCUUCCAAACUGGAGGAGUUGAUCCGUGAGUCUUUGUUCCGGUCGGAAAAAAAAGACGAAACUGUGUUCAUUGAGUUCAUAUGUUGUCUUUUUUCGGUGUUCAAGGAUGACCCUCAAGUGCUGACGUGUAUGGUCCAACUGCUAGCAAGUUCUGGAUAUCCAUCGCACAUUCAUGAUUUAUUCAAGAAUUCGCCCACUUGCUUGCAAUUUAUUCCGCUGCUUGAGGUUGCUUCCUACAUGAUCGAGUUCUCCUCUCUGGCUGGCGCUUCUGUGUCCACCACAUUAAGAUCUUGCAUCGGACAGCUUCUCUCUGUUCCUCUUGAAAGACAACCGGAUAAGGAAACAUAUUCCCUAAUCAUAUCACUUCGAAUGGCCACCAACAUAGUCAAGGGCAUCUCCAUGCUGCCUCAAAGCUCUGCUGCGGACUUGAAAAUGAUUUCCUCUCUUCACGAAAAGGCGAUAAAUAUCCUGCUAUGGUUUUCUGCGCAAUCUUCAUCGUUAACGCUGCAGGUGAUAAAUCGGGAGGAAAUUGAUGCUCGUGUCAAUAUCCUUGAUUUGUUGGUUGUUUUGGUCAGCUAUUUUCUUUCCGCUCACAGGAUCUUUACGCUCAAUGAUUCCUUUUCGGAGCUCCUUUCAGAGGGCGGUGGUAAGUUGCAAGUGCAUAACAUUUUGAUAGGUGCCCUGUUUAGGCCAUCCCUGGAUUCCGGUCUUGCAGGCAAUAAGCGAGCGCCAGGCCUUGGAACAUUGUUUUCUUUGAUAGACAUAUUCUAUGCAAAUAUCACCACGGCCCCCAAUGCCAUCUGCGGCAUGGAACAGGUUCUGAUGAUCAUUUGGUUUACCCUCGGUUCGCUAUAUAGCUACUCGAGCGCCAUUCCUGCUUCGUUCUUCAGCGAUUUACACGAGACUUUGUCCCCAAAGUUAUACUCGAUACUUUCAAUAAGCAAGGAAAGGGGGCUGAUAUCAUCAUCGCUCCAAUAUUCCACAAGUCUUGCAAAUGAAAUUAAACAGCAAUUUCUGUGCAAAUAUUGA